UACCCGAAUUUGCGAACGUUAACCAAAGUUAUUCAGUUAAAUUCCACUGACACGUAAGGAAAAAAUUAAAAAGCGACUCAAGACUAAAAAAGAUAAGACAAGAGCAUGUUUUGAUCUGAGGCAAGAGAGCACUUGUCUAAGAGGUUCAAGCAAUGGGCAAAAUCAUUUUUCUGCAAAUUGUACUAUAUUUGGUCGCCUGCAAUGUCCUUUGCCUCCACGCCAGCGGCCAUUCCAGCGAAACAUGCUCACAGGAGAAUAGCGAGUGUGGAAAAAAGGGAUCCAAAUGGGUACAAGCGAAGGAACCUAACAGCAACGAUUUUCAAAGCAUUCCCAGUGAAAUCGAGGAAGCGUUAAACGAAGCGUUGCACUCAAAGUCAGCUGGUUUUCCCGAAUUCCGAAUAAAUCCUGAUGAGAUAAUGGCCUUGAUGGAAGAACAGAAAGGCAAAAACAAAGACAGUUCCAAAGGUGAAUCGGAUAAAAUAUCUCUUGUGACAAAAUUGACAAAAGUUGUUACAACCAUUCAAAAAGGCAUUGAAAAAAUAAAAACUAAAGAUCCUCUAAAAAUUUUUGAGGGUGUUCUUGACAUUGUCUCAAGCCUUUUAAACCUGGUUGACGCUGGUAAACCUUACAGCUUUAUUUUUCGGAUUCUUUCGGAAGCUGUUGGCAUGUUUUUCACGGAAAGCAGACAAAAUCAGCCAAGCGUGGUACAUCAACUGACAGAUGUUGUUCACGGUGAGAUGAUUCACUUUAACAAAAGGUUACAGGAUCAGAAAUAUGACGGACUUAAACUUCGCGUGUCAGAACAAAUUUUUCAGCUGCAGCGAAUGAAAGAAGGAGAGAAAUUAGAUGAUCCUUCUCUGUGGAAUGAUUACAUGCAAUUUUUGGGUGAGCUUGCGAGCAGGUUUGAGUCACCGCUUCCUUUCAAGUAUGAAAGCUACCUGAUAGACGAUCCCGAUGUAAAAGAUUACGUAACAGCCGUAGUUAAGUACUCUGAAGCUCACUCUUGCUUCAUGGCUCUUCUGUUCGCUGCUAAAGCAAAGUAUACAGAAUUAAGAACCGCGCACGAAGACGACAUAGCCACUGUGGACCGUAAAAUGACUUUCCAAAUUAAAGAAGCAAAAGGGAAACUGUCUUUCCUUUCAGAUAGGAGAUUUUUGACAUUUCUUGGAAGAAUUGAGGGCGGAAAACUCACCAAAAUUGUGGCUUUAAACCGAAUACCUCGUGAUCGAAACCUGGUCGAAACCGUUCGACAGAGCUUGGGUUUGUCGCCAAUGCCGGAUUUUUCAACAAUCGAGUCUUCUGCACAGAAAGUGAGUCAACAGGCAGUACCUUUGCGGUCAGUAGAGAUUUGCAAUUGGCUUCUUUUACAGUACUUUGGCAUCAAGUAUUCCAUUCAGUUUAUCAAUGAAGCUGACUUUCCGAUAAAGAUUGUUUCGGGUGAAGUCGGCUGGAGUCAAGGGAACCAACUUCAGUUUGAGAAAAUCCUUCCACCUCGUUCAUCGUAUCGCCGGGAGGCUAAUUUCGGCUUCUCUACAGCUGGGUACAUAUUACUGCAUUUAGACGGCGAUUCGUCGAGCUCCGAUUUGAUAAAUACCAGAGCUAUCGAAUUUGCAGCAUCAAAACCUUUUUACGAAAGUAAAAUAAACAUGCAAGACAAAACUGAUGGAGAGUUUUUGCGCGGUCUGAAUGCCUACAACGAGAGGUCUGAGGACACUGUAACUCUGUACUUUACUGAAAAUGGAAAAUAUUACAUUGCCAAAGCUGAGAUUUUUGUUUGUUGGCCCUAUCGCACUUUUCGAUUCAUCAUUCAAGACUUUAAUCCAGAAGCUGUUGGAGAUGGAAAACGUUAGGAUAGACCCUCUCGUCCACUGACUUCGUUCCCAGGGUCUCUCUUCUACAAACCUCUAUUAGGUGGAGUGGGGAGGGUCGGAAAUGAG